CAUUCACUCGAUAUAUCAUAAUAAUAAGCUUGCGUAUAACUUGGAAUUGUUGAAAAUGGUAACAAUGGAUAUGGUUGGCAGAUGUGUCUGAAAUGGUUACAAUGGGAUAGUAUCACCUGUUACGGUCGUGGUCCUAUAAUAUUUCAUCGCAGAAGUAGAGAUUGUUCCUAUGAUGUCCUGGUUUUUACUGGAAGAGUAAUUGAUAGAGGAAAAUUGUUCCAAUCGAGUAGGAGUUCUCCUUAUGCAAGCAUUAGCUCUAAACUCUGUGUUAAUAUUCUUACUUCUUGUGUGGUAAUUCCACAUGGAUUGAUUGCAGUGCAUAAAAAUGAUUGGGAAUGGGUGUAUGAGCCUUUUCUUAGACUUGGGUACCUGUCCAAAUUUUCCUUUGCAAAUUUAAUGGUGAUUUCAAGUGCUAGAGAAGAUGGUAAUGGUGAUACUAGAAAGCAGUCUGACAGAAUGCAGCAUCAACGUCACGUUCUCUGGACCAAUCAAUUGAAUUUUCAAAUGCCAGGGCUAGGUAUGUAUGGCAAUGCAGAAUAUUUUUUUAAUCCUUUGCUGGUAGAGUAUCUUCUUGGGUUCUUCAAUCUACAACAUAGGGUUCUAUAUUGUCAUAUAUUUUUUCUUAGUGGGAAUUGUGUUGCUUGGGUUUUCCAGUUUAUGAGAACCUAUUAUACAUCAGACAGAAAAAUAUAUUUUCCAGUGCUCAAGGUUUUGAAUUCAGAAGGUGCUAUUCUCUGGGAUGUUUCGAUACUUCAAGUGAUAAAGGAAAUUGAGUAUGUUAUUGCACAGAGAAUGCUUGAUCAAGGGAUGGCUAGAGACAUCAGUUUUCUGACUCAAAUGGGACUAGUUCGGGAAGGUAUUGUUACACCAAUUACAAAUUCAAGUCAGAAUCUGCUGGACAUCACGAGCAUGAGAGUUGGUUGGUUAUUUUACAUGUGUGCGAGAAGUGAAAAAUAUCUAUGCGAUAGCCUGGUUCUUGCUAGAACGCUAUUUGAUCGAGGGAAAUUAUUUGAAUCUAUCAGUAGGUAAUUUUAUCACAAUACAAGCAAUUCUCGUUUCAGUUUUGGUAUGCUUAUUACUGGGUUGAUUGUUCUUUAUGGCAUCAUUCUAAGCCACAACUUGGUUUUAAUUGCGAUGGCGAAUGUAUGUUUGUUUGUUAAGAAGGGUGACAUGGAUGAUGCCAGAGGGAUGUUUGAUCAAAAAUUUCGGCAAGGUAAUGUUCUCUGGGCUGAGGCAAUACUUCAAGUGACUAAAGAAAGUGAGUUUGAGAAUGUGCAAGAACUAGAAGGGGCUCAGAAAGGGUUGUGGAGUUUAAGAUGGGAUUAUUACUCCUUACAACUUAAGGAUUUACUGUAUGAGAAGAUGGAAGCCAAGAAAGGAAAAUAUUUGUGUUAUUCUUGCUGCAAGGCUUUCAAGGUCAAGUUUAAAUGUGUCCAUCAACAUCAUAUUGUGCUACAUUAACCUCAGAAGCAUGAGAAGAACUUGGUAGUUGCGUGUUUAGUCAUCAAGGCACUAAUCCACCAGAGGGUAAUAGAAGAAAUUUUCAUCCAUAACCUUGCUGGAAGUGGAGUAACAAGUCUCAGGCAUUGGGUUGAGUAUCAUUUGGUCAACACU